UUGGCCAUGGCCAAAUGAACCUUGGACAAGAAUCCAUGUUGAUUUUGCAGGGCCAGUGGAUGGACAAAUGUAUUUGGUGGCUGUGGAUGCUCAUUCCAAGUGGCCAGAAGUAGUUCAAAUGUCAAGUACUACAACACAACAAACCAUUGUCGUUCUUUCCAGUAUGUUUGCAAGAUUUGGACUGCCACAAACUUUAGUCUCAGACAAUGGUCCACAGUUCAUAUCACAUGAAUUUGAAACAUUUCUAGCUACAAAUAACAUCAAACACUGUAAGACAGCUCCAUAUUUUCCAGCCUCUAAUGGACAGGCUGAAAGAUUUGUACAAACUUUAAAACGCCACUUAGCUGUCUCUCACAAAUCAAAAUUUAAUCCAAACUCCCUUUCUAACUUUUUGUUUAACUAUCGAAACACUCCCCAUGCCACUACUGGGCUAUCACCUGCAAUGUUAAUGUUUGGAAGACGCCUGAGAACUCCACUGGAUAAAGUUAGACCAGAACAUUCCAAACAAGAGUUGAACACUUCUAGCGUUUCAGAAUUUGUCAUUCAUGACAGAGUAUGGGUUAGAAACUACCGUGGCCCAAAUAAAUGGAUUCCAGCUGUCAUAAUACAAGGCAUGGGCAACAGAAUGUUUAAAGUUCAACUACAAGCUGGUGGUACAGUUUCCCGCCAUGUAGAACAAAUGAGACAUAGAUCUCAACCAGCUACACAAAUAUCCAAUGAUUCAGAUGGUGAGGAUAUCUGGCAUGGAGUGUGGUGCCCACCUGAGUCUUCUGAGGAUGAAAAUACAAUGAACACAACUGAAACAGAUCAACCUCAGAAUGAUUCUGUCCAACAACAAAAUAUCACAGAUGAUCAACAACCGUUGGGUACUCCUCCACAGACUAUUUCUCCUGAACCAAAUACUCUAUGGCCCUCUAGAAACUCCCACCGAAAAAGGUCCUGGGCUUCUCUGGCCUCGCCCUCUUCAGACCACAUCAUCAUGGCUCUUCCCCAGCGUUUACACCUCAUAGUAUAUCGCAUAUCUGCUGGCGCAUCAUCCACCCUGCAGCUGACGCAGACAAAGAGGCCUGUGACCUUAAGGCCUAGCAAGAAUCGCCAUUUCACAGUGAAAUAUUUGGGGGCCGAGGAAAUGACUCAGAGUGAGAGCUGA